UCGGCAAAAUAUGUCUUACAAAUAAUAAUAGUUUUUGUCGUUCAACUAGAGUUAUAACAAAUUGAAUUUAUUUUAUUACAUUGACCACAGUUUUGAUAGCAAAAAAUCUACAAUCAUGUCGAUUAUGUUAGCAGAUAUUGAUGCGACUUGUGCAUCGUUAGGUUAUUAUGAUGGUAAAAAAUAUGUGGCAGAACCAGAUGCACUGCAAGGAUUAAAGCAUUUGAUUUGGGUGUUGCGUCGCGAUGGUGAUACACAUGAAUAUCGGCGACAUUUGGGCCAUGGACAAGUAUUACAAACUGAUUUAAUACCAAUGCUAACCGAACAAACCGAAGAGAAUGAAAUGUCUGAUGUACUACUGCGAUUGUUGGUCAACCUAACCACACCAGCGCUGCUUCUUUACAAUGAAACUCUUCCAAAAGACGGUCCAAAUCGACGGAAUUUCUUACAUUUGCUUGAAAUCUUACAAUCAUUCAAAGCGGCCUUUUCCACACCAACUGUUUGGACAUCAUUACGUAAACGACUUCAAAAAGUCUUGGAAAUUGAUUCGGCUGAACGUACCGAGGAAAAAGGGUUAUUAGUGGAACGAGUAUUAGUAUUGAUUCGUAAUGUGUUGCAUGUUCCAUCGAAUCCAGACGUUGAACGUCGCGCUGACAGCGAUGCCAGUUUACACGAUCAAGUCCUAUGGGGAUUACAACAGGCCGGUAUUCUUGAUUUGAUUUUAUAUAUCAUCGGAUCGGAGUAUGAAAAUCAAUAUCAUUUACAUGUUAUGGAAAUCAUAUGUCUGAUGUAUCGAGAACAAAUGGCCGAAUCGCUGGCAGAUGUAUCAUUACAACGUAGUGAAGCAGAAAAAUGUCGUGACGAACAGGAAUUGAUAUCAGUUCGAAAGCGUGAACGUGCCAAAGUCGCGAUGAAACCACCGACGGGGCGACAUUCACGUUUUGGUGGUACAUACACUAUACAAAAUAUGAAAUCCAUCUCCGACAGAGACAUCAUUUGCCACAAACCAUUGGGCAGAGCGGUUGCUAUGGACUUUGAUCGUGAUAAAAACAAGCAAAAGAGAUCACAUCGUAUUGCUAAAGACGAGGCGACGUUUGAACGACGCAGUGCACUUUCGAUUAGAUUAUUUUUGCGUCAAUUUGCAAUUGAAAUAUUGCAAUCAGCCUUCAAUAAUAUGGUUCGACAAGUGAGACGAACACUUGAUCGAGGCGUUUCUGGCAACGAUGAUUCCUAUUUGCUGUGGAUUAUUCGAUUUUUCUUGGAAUUUAAUCGAUUGAGCACAUUCAAGUUGCCAUUAGUGAGCGAAGCUUUGAGUACACAAAAUUUCCAUUGGGUUUUGGGACGCGUACAACAUCAUAUGGAUAUGCUAACAUCCGAUAAAAAUAAUAUAAAACUGUGGGAACGACGUUUGCACAUUGCCAUUCAGACGCUAAAAGAAUUAUUUAAAAAUUUGAUGGUGUUACAAACGAUCCAAAACGAAGACGCAGCUGCACUUUUUAAAUUGCUUCUAAACAAUGUUUGUUAUGUGCUUGAGUUCCGUGAAACGGUGCUUCAUACAUUGACCAGCUACAAUGAAAAUCGUAACUCAAAAACAUAUAUGCGAGAUGUGGUGGAAACAACACAUAUUUUUUUCAAGCUGAUGGAAAAAUUUUGUAAUGGAAGCGUUGUUGUUCAAGAUAAAAGAAAAGCACGGAACAAAGGUAAUAAGAAGAAAAAACCAACAAAAUCAUCCAGUCACGGUAACGAAGAAGGCGAAGAUGAACAAACGACUGAAGAUAAGUGGGCAGUUAUUGCAUCCGAAAUAGCUGCUGUGCUGUCAAUGGAAUCACCAACAUUACCAGAAGAAGAGCACCCACUACCAUUCGAUGCUGUCUCUGAGAAACCAUUAGAGGAUCAAAAAGACGAUUGUAUGGUACGAAUUCAUGGCUAUUUACAUCAAGGCAAAUACGAGCACGCCAUCAUAAUGUUACGUUCAGCAAGGGAAGUGUGGCCGCAAAGCGAUUGUUUCGGGUCGGAGAAUGCUCAACCGGAAGACGAAUUAUUGCUUUUGAGGGAUGUUUUUAUGACCAAUUUAAAUUCGGGCAACAUUGAAUCAAAUGAUAACACCAACGCCGAAAACGGAACUGCCUCUGACGUUGACAACGAUGACGAUGAAAGCGAUGAAAGUGAUGAAGAUCCUCGAAAUGCUGAAGUUGAAUUUCGUUUUGAUGACUUUUUGAAGAGAUUGGUCAAUCAAAAAGUUGUGCAGGCAUGUACAGUUGUAUUAACAGAUUGGGAACGGUUACCGGCACGUACAAUCAAAAGCGCUGUUACACUGUUGCAUCGAAUCGCGUUCGGCAGUAAAGUUCCAAUUAUGCUAUUUCAGGUAUCACUAUUUAGAAUAUUCCAGCAAGUAUUUGAGGCGCCAAGAGAUGUUCGUCACGACGAAAUACGUCGUUUAGGUGUUUAUAUAAUGCGUUGUUUCACUGAAAUUGCUAAAACCAAUCCAAAAGUGUAUGCCGAACUAUUCUUCUAUAAAAGUCUUCGAGAAGCCAAUGACAUCGAGUACGGCUAUGAUGACGCGCGCUUUGUCAAUGCAAAGAGCAAAAAAACUGGCUGGAGCGAAGAGCAAGAAGACGAACUUCGUCAAUUGUUUGAAGAGAAUCAAACCAAUCCAUCAACUGAAAAAGAUGUCAUCGACUGGAUAUUGGAUAAUCUCAUCGAAAAGAGUCGAACUCGACGUGCAGUUAUCAAGAAAAUGAAAGAGCUUGGACUCAUAUUUAAGGCACCAACACGAAAAUCGGUUGCAUCAGCCGUUUCAAAACACUUGUGGCGACACGAAGAAGAUAAUCUUUUGCGCGAACUCUAUGAUACACAUCGCUUGGAAGACGAUUGCCUGACAAAAAUUAUGGACACGUUUGUUGAUAAGCGAUCAAAGAAUGCUAUCAUUAAGCGUAUGAUUGAAAUCGGUCUCAUUGCUGAACGGUCGGAAAUAUUACCAACUAAACGAAAGAAAUCGCACAAAAGUCAAGCGGCGAACAGAGAAAACGGUAGUAGUGAGAGUGGCAGUGACAACAGUGACAGCGAUGAUGAUGAUGCUCUUGACACCCGUCCAGUCAGAGUUACCAUUAAGAAUACAAAGAAAUCCAAAGCACCAAAGCAAAAGCAACAACCAGUUCGAAAAUUACAAACAAUCACAUUAAACGUCACUGAAAUUCAGCAAAACAUUACCGAGAUGGACGAAAGUCUAAAAAUACAUUUCGAUUGGUUGCAAGAAUCAUUGAACGAUGCAGCUGAAGAUGUCGAUGACAUUGAUGAUUUAUCGGAUCCAAGCGAUGGUGUGCCAAUCGUUCCUUUUUCAUCGGCACAACGGGAAGCAUUAGAAAAUUCACAGUUUAAACAACUUUUGCAAGUGUUGGGAUUACAAGAGCCCAUUAAAGAAAUGGAAACUUACUGGCGCAUUCCAGUGAAUAUGUCGGCCAAAGAUAUGCGUUCAGCAGCAAAGCUACUGGCCGGCGAACCAAUAGAAUUAUUUGAUGAGCGCGCGAAUGAUGGCGACGAUUUUGAUCGUUUGCACGUAUCCGAUUCGGAUGAAAGUUUCAGUGAAAUUGCACGAGACCGACAAAGACAGCAAAGACUCAUUUACAAUGAUAGUGACAAUGAUGAUGAACAACGAGUCGCUUUGCAGCCAAAACCAGCAAAGAAAUCGAAAAAAGGCAUUCAUUUAUUUGAUAUGAUUAAAGAUGGAACUGAAAUGGUUCAAAGCGAAGAUGAAGAUAACCAAAAUAAUGAUGACGAUGCAAAUAACUUUGGUGCUCCCGAAUCAGAGGAAUUCAAUUCACAAGUCAUUCGAAGACGUUUGGCGCAAUUGGAAGACAGUGAUUCAGACAGUGAAAUAGGAAAUGGUGUAUCCGCUAAAAUGCUAAACACCGAUGAUGAAAAUGAAAAAGAAAAUGAAGAAGGGGGGACCAAUUCGAACAAACGCGAGCGUUCUGUUCCAGAGGAAAUGACCACGUUAAGCGACGAUGAUGAAGAACCCAUAAUGGUUCCACAAAAGAAAAAAGCCAGAAUGUCAAUCAUCGAUGAUGAUGACGAUGAUGAUUGAAAACGUUUCACCGAAAAUUUACCAACUAAAAUAAAUAACUGAAACUUUAACAUUAGAUGAGAGAAAAGAACGGAGUUUUCGCUUUCUUAGUUUUUAUAUUUGUUUCAACAUAUCAAUUUCAAUAAAAAAUAAAUUCUAGAUAAUCAAA